AUGUUUCAAAAACCUAUUUAACAGGAGAAGUUAAGAACAGAUAAUACUUAAUUUUUCAAAAUAUCAGCCAACUCUUAAUUGAGAAAAAUGAUAGAUGGAUAAAUAUAGGUUGGGCAAGGAGCAUUCUAAAAAUAAACCCAAACAUCUAAAACAACUUCAUUAGGACCAGAUUUAAACUAAAAAGGACAUAUUAACUUAUUGUAAAACUUUAAGUAAAAUAGUUAGCUAGAAUGUCCAAAAUUUUAAAGAGAAUUACAAGAUAACAAAAAUAAAUAAUAUAGAGAUGAGAAAACAUAAAUUUAAAUGUAAUCAUCUACAAACUACAGUUAUAGAAAUAAGUCAUAAAGCGUUGAAAAUAACAAAAGGAAUAACUAUUCAAAAAAUCCAGCUUAAUACCUUAAAGGAGAUAAAGAUCAAAAUUAAGAAAAUGAAAGAUAAACUACUUCAUAAAAUAGCCUUUUAAAUGGAGGAGUUUCGGUUUGCAUUCGUGAAGAUGAGGAUUUUGUAAAUGUUGGAAACUUAAUAGAUGAAAUAAAAGAAGAAGACUUUGCAAAUGAAAUUAGUAUUAAUUAAGAAAUGCCAAUAAAUUAAAUGCAAUCUGUGAGAGUUUAAGUUAUGCAAGCAGUUAGUAGAAAUAAAGAAAACAUAUUGAAUGAGGAAUUUAAUUAAAUUGAAACUUAAGAAAUUGCAGCAAAUUUAAUGGAAACUCGCAAGCUAGCUGUUUGUAUUAAUGAUAAUGACAAAUAAGUAAAAAGUUACAUGCAAUCUCUUUUGCAAAGCAUGCAUGCACCUUUUGCAAAAUAGAAUUAGUAAAAUUUGUAAAAUGAAGAAUUUGUUUCAGAUGAAAAUUCUUACAAUUACGCAACUAAUUCUAUUAAUUAGCUAUAAAAAUUUAUAUCUUCCAAAUAAAAUGACAGCAACUUUUCUUCAGUGCCAGUCUAUUAAUCUCAAAACUAUCCAAUAAAAUAGACCACAAAAGCAUUUAAUAAUAAACCAAAUCUGUUUGUAAAUAAUUCUCAAAAUCUGCCAAUUAAAGAUAUAUUAUGUGCUUAAAAUUAAAAUAAAAACUAUUACUAACAAAUUUAGUCAUAUUCAGUUCAAAAAAAUAGUCAAUUAGGAGGUAGAACUUAAGACUCAGAUGAAUUUGAAAUAUAAGGAGUAAGUUUGCUAAAAUAAAAAAGCUCUCAAUCAACUACUUCUAUAUAAAGUAAAGUAAGUAGAAAGAUUUAAAACUUGCAAAAUUAAUUUGAGUUAGAAAAUGAAAAUGGUAAUGGACUUAAAUUGUAUGAGGAUAUUCCAAUAGAAGGGAUUAAUAAUAAGCAAGGGUUGAUAUAAUAAGUCUAUAUUUCUCCUACUUCAAACAAAAGCCAGCAAAUUAACUUCUAAAUAUCCAACCAAAAUAAUCUGUUAACUCAGUAAAGCUCUACAUAUACAUUAAAUACAUUAAGUUCAGCUGAGAAGGCUUUUCCUUUAAAAUAAAAUCCCUAAAUUAUUUAGCAAGCUUAUCAAAAUUAUGAUAAGGUUAGGAUUUAGAAUGAAGAAAUUAGAAAAAGCUAGUAACUUCAGCAAGGUAUAAAAUUGAUAGGUGUCAACUCUUCUACUCAAGAAACAUUAGAUAGAAAUGUUAGUAAAUAGUAAAUAACAUAAAAAGUAAUAGAUCCUAUUUAAGUUUAUGAUCCUUAAAUAUCACUAUAGCAAAAUACCAAAUAUGAUACUCAACAAAGUAAUUCUAAUAUGUCGCUUUACUUAGCUAGUAAAAGGAGUAUGAGUAAUUAUUGUAGCAACACUAACUAAUAUAACACGUAAAAUUCUAAUGGAAGCAAAUCAUUAGAAAGAAAGAAGAAGAUAUUCGAUUCUAUCUUACCUCAAAAGUAACCUGCAGAUAUCAUAAGUUUAUAAAAUUUUAUAACGAGAGGUUUAAAUUAAGGUUCAAACUAAUCAUGCAAAGAAAUAGAAAAUCCAAUUAAAAUAAAAGACAUGCAAUCUAACAAUUCAUAAAUUAUCCAAUACUCUAACAACUCUUAGCCUUAAUAGGUUUCUUCUUUCACGAAAUAAAAUACUUAGAGAGAUGAUUUAAGAAUAAACAACUUAAAGUAAUUUUAAACUCAAAGAAAUGGCUUUUAGUUAAUAACAAAAUCUUCUGAAGAAAAAAACAUUCAAGGUCUUUUUUUAAAGUAAAGUGAUAAAAAAUUCAAGUAGCUUGAAUAAGAUUUAAAUUGCUUAGACGAAAAAACAAUUAAAUAAAAAGAAAAUGAAAGCAACACAACAAAGGCGUAACAGCAUAAUUAAUUUUAACCUUAAGAAAGCAAUCCAGUAAAAAAUGAUUUUUAAAAGAACAGAGAAUAAUUUAAUCAAAAUUAACUAAGUUAACUUAAGCAAACUUUAAAUUAAAAAUAAAGUUGUAAAGAUAGGUAUUCAAAUUAAAAUCUAGAUGAAUUUUAAACAAGUACAAUUGAAGAGCAAAACUAUGAUAUUUAAGUGAAGCAACUAGAGCCAUUUAAGUUUAAUAAGUUUUUAUAGCCUUGUCGUAAUAACAAAUUUGAAAAUGAAACUUAAAGUAACUAAAGUCACUAAUCUAAUGAAAGACCAAACUAGAAUCUAACUAUUAAGCACGUUUAAGGUUAAAAUACAACAGCUGCUUCUUUCUUAGAUGAUCUUUCUAUUUUAAAGAAUGCGAAUUAACAACUGUAGACAACCUUUGAAAUUGAAAAUAUAUUAAAUAGCGAGUUGAAAAAAGAGUAAUAAUAGAUAGAUUUCAAGUAAAAGCGAAUGAUUUUUGAGACUGGUAGUUCAAGAAAUAACAGCAGCUAAAGGAAUACUAUAAAUUCUAAUUAUUUCACAAAGUAAGAAAACCUUGAAAAACCUCCUUUAUCGUAGGGAAGAGAAUAAGCAGCAUUAAAAGUAUAAAUAUUAGCACAAAAUAACAAUCAAUAAAAUAUUCCCCAAAGUAAUUAGAAGAUAUUAAUACUUAAAGAUAUGAAUGUAAAUAACUUAUAAAAUCAAGAGAAUCAAAACCUUCUAAUCAAAGAAUAGCAAGGCCUUAAAAUUAUAUAAACCAAUUUAAACAAUCAAAAAACUAAUGAAAUAAAAUAUUCUAAUGAAAAUGAAAAUGUUUACAAACCAAAUUAAUAAUUAAAAAAUACUAUUUAAAUCAAAGAUAAUGAAAAAAAAUAAACUAUCAAUCCACUUUAAGAUCAGAAGAGAAAAACUAUAUUUUAUAAUACUGAGAGAAAAUAAACUACUGGCUUAUCUUAUCUAGAAAAAUUUAAAAAAUGA